CUUGUUGCGAGCAGACCACCCCUGACCACGGUGCAUCCCGCUCGAUACAUCCAUCCUCCCCACCCUUCCAGCAUCAUGUCUGACACAGUUCCAUUAACUCCCAUCCUCGACGUGCCAGCUUCUGCCGCCGUUGUGUCGGCGCCCGCCAUCGUCACGGACGUCGCCACUGGUUUCGCCGUCACCUUUGGCGGCCAAGCGAACGAAUACAUCGCAGAAUUGACCACUCUCGUUGAAAAGUUCACUACUGUCCGCACGUUCGUCGAAGCCGCUCAAUCUGCACUCGUCGAAGAAGCCAAAGCGUUCCCAAAUGUGACCAUUCACCCGUUCUUGUGGACCCAGGACGCGUCCUCUCUGCCGUCCAAGGACGCAUUGGCCUCCGCGACGUUGAGCUACCCGCUGAUUUUCUUGACGCAAUUUGCAAACUACCUUGCGUUCCUUGAAGCCGCGCACUUGACCCACGAAGCGUUCGUUCCAAAACUCCGCGCCGGAUCUGGCCACAGCCAGGGUGUGGUCGCGGCGGUGCUGCUCGCUGCCGCAAAGACCACCGACGAACUUCGCGUUCUCGGCAUCCAGUUCGUCCGGUACAUGUUUCUUCACGGUGUGCGUGCCCAGGCCACGUUUGGCGCCAUCUCGAACUCGGGCGAUGUCUCCCCAAUGCUCCUUGUGCGCGGGUUGCCGGAAGCUGGUUUGCGCAAGGCCGUGGAUGGAGUGAAUGCCAAGUUGAAGCUCAAAGAUGCGCGGGCCCUUCAGCUGUCCCUCUUCAACGACACCGCCGCGAUCGUCGUGACCGGACUCCCGGACGUGCUCGUGUUGCUCAAGACGACCCUCGAAAAAAUCAGCGCCAAGCCCGACGAGUCCCAGGGCCGCAUUCCAUUUUCCCAGCGAAAGCCGCUCAUUUCGUUUAUCCCCCUUGCUGUAUCCGUGGCCUUCCACAACACGAACCUCGCGCCAGCGCAGUCGUUGAUCGAAGCCGACUUGGCGCGGUUAGGACUGACGAUUCCUGGCCAGUCGUUGCAGUUUGCAGUCGUAGGAACCAACGAACACGCGGUGAACCUUCAAACGUAUGGCGCCAAAGACGUGCUUCCGGAUGUAGUGAAGAUGCAACUGACCGACAUUGUGAACUGGCCCGUCACGAGUGCCGCGCUCACCCAAACCGUCAGCGGUGUCACGCACGUGUUGGACUUCGGCCCUGGACGAGGCGCGGCUACGCUCACCCUCAAGCAAGUCGAAGGAUACGGGAUCACCACCGUCGUCCCUACGCCGUUGCACAAGGCGUCGGCUACGUUGCCAGGUUUGGACUACAUUCUGUCGACACCUGCCAACUUUGUGAAGCAGUCGUGGGAAGCACUGUACGGCCCUACGUUGACCAAGGCAGUGGACGGCACCACCGUGCUCCACAACAAGUACACGGCUCGCUUUGGCCGCCAACCAGUGUGGGUGGGUGGUAUGACCCCCACGACCAGCUACUAUGGCGUGCCGCUGGUUGCCGCCAUCACCGAAAGUGGGUACAUUGGCGAACUGGCGUGCGGCGGACUCCCCCGGCCGUCCAUUUUUGAGUCGAAGGUAGCCGAUCUGCUUAGCCGCUUGUCGCCCGGCAAUGGGAUCUUCCUCAACUUGUUGUACUUGAACUCGAAACAAUGGGCGUUCCAGUUCCCCAUGAUCAAAAAGAUGCGUCAAGAUGGCAUCCCCAUCGAAGGGGUGACCGUCGCUGCGGGCAUCCCGACGCCUGAAAAAGCCGACCAAGUACUCACGGAACUGCUCUCGGUCAACAUCAACGUCGUGAGCUUCAAGCCGAGCUCCAUCAGCUCGAUCCACGAUGUACUCAAUAUUGCCAACAAGCACCCCGCGGCCACCGUGGUCAUCCAAUGGACUGGGGGUCGCGCCGGGGGUCACCACAGCAGCGAAGACUUUCACACGCCGCUCCUAGCCACGUACGCGGCCGUCCGCCGCACCCCCAACGUGAUCUUGAUCGUCGGGUCCGGCUUCGGGUCGGCGGAACAGUCGUACCCGUACAUCACUGGGGAAUGGAGUUUGGCGUUUGGCGAGGCCAAGAUGCCUGUGGACGGCAUCCUUGUGGCGUCUCGUGUGAUGGUGGCCAAGGAAGCGGCGACCGCCGACGCGGUCAAGUCGCUCUUGGUGGCCACCCCCGGCAUCCCCGACGAGUCGACGUGGGAGUCGAGCUACGAGUCGUCUGCUGGCGGUGUAAUCACCCUCAAGUCUGAGCUGGGCGAAGCGAUCCACAAGAUUGAAAACCGCGGCGCGUUGUGCUGGCGAGACUUUGACCGCAAGUAUUUUGCGUUGCCAAUGAAAGACCAGGAAGCUGCGAUUCUCGCCGACAAGGACGCUAUCAUCGCCCGCGUCAACGCGGACUUCCAAAAACCCUACUUUGGCCGCACCGUGCGUGGUGACGUGGUCGACGUCGAGCAAAUGACGUACUUGGACGUCCUUUCCCGGUUGGUGUCGCUCAUGUACGUGGCCAGCAGCAAGCGAUGGAUCGACGUGACGUUUAUGAGCCGCGUGUUUGCGUUCUUCCAGCGCACGGAGCAGCGGUUCCUGACCAAAGCUACCACAACGUCAAAGUUGGUUGUGCAAAAGGCUAGCCAGCUCAAAACGUCGGACCCGUGGCAGCUCUUGCGCCAGUUCACGGCGGCGUACCCCGGCAUCGCGUCGGCCUUGCUGAGUGUGGACGACGUCGACUUUUUCUACCACUCGUGCAAGUUUGGCGGCAAACCCGUCAACUUUAUCCCGAUUGUGGACAAGGAGCUCAUCACGUGGUUCAAGAAGGACUCGCUUUGGUACUCGGAAGAUUUGGAAGCCGUGCCCGACCAAGAUGCAGGUCGUGUGAUGAUCUUGCAAGGACCGUUGGCCGUGUACCACAUCAAGACCAAGGACGAGCCGGUGGGGGACAUCCUCCACGGCAUCAGCCAAGGCGUGGUCGACACAUUGGUCGCCAAGGCGUUCCGUCAACAUUCGCCCGAGGUACUCUCGGCUGCCGUCGCGGCUGCUGGCUGGACUCGAUCCGGCGACGACAACGGCGCGUUCGUCCUCUCCAAGUCCAUCACCACCGCCACCACCACCGAAGAAUGGUUGGCUGAACUGGCGUCGGUCAUCACACCCCGCAACUGGCUCCACGACCUGCUCACAGUCGACCACUACGUGUCUGGCCGCCAAUGGGUCGCCAACUCGACGCCCCAAGUCGUGUCUGCCCGCGUCGGCCAAACAGUCGAAAUCGAAUUCAACGGCACGUCCCCCGUUGCGCUGCGAGUGCAUGACAUUGCAGUCGUGCGUACGGCCCCCGUGGUCGAGAUCACCAAGUCUUCCGUCGACGUGAUCACCCUCCGCCUCAACAUUGUGCGCCCGGCCACCCGCGAAUGGACGUCCGACGUCGUGUCCUUGAACCGGGUGUUCCAGUACAAGCCAGCGUUGUCGUGGUCGCCGAUCCACUUGAACGAGUCCGAGUCGGAGCAAAACGUCAAGCUGUUUUACGCCCAGCACUGGCUGGCCACAUCAGUUGCGGCAUCGCAACCCGCGCUGGAAAGCAGCGUGCACGCCACCCACACGGCUUCGUUUGUCGUGACGGCCGACGACAUUGCCGAGUACAACCAGUCGCUGGGCCUCUCGGCCGACCGCAUCACGGCGCCCGUGGACUUUAGCACGGUCGCGGGGUGGAAGCCGCUGAUUGCCCCCGUGUUUUCCAAGGAAAUCUCGGGCGAUUUGCUCCGGUUGGUGCACUUGAGCCACUCGUACACGCUGCUCAGCUCAACCGACGACGGAUCGUUCGCGGCCGGCGACUCGGUCGUGUCCACGGGGUUUGUCACGGCCAUGCGCAACAACGCGUCGGGCAAGUUGGUGCAAGGCGUGAUCGUAGUCGCCAAGAAUGGCGUCGACGUUGUGCGUGUGCAAAGUGAGUUUUUGAUCCGCGGCGCCUUCACCGACCACCACCACACGUUUGAAAAGACCGAGUCGACCCAUGUCGUGCACUUGGCCGACAAGGCCGCCGUGACCAUCUUGGCCGACAAGUCCUGGUUCAAGUCGACGUCUGGCGCGCUGCUGCCCGCGGGGGCCACGUACAAAUUUGUCCUCAAAACGUCGGUAGCGUUUGCCGAUGGGUUUUCCACCUUGAGCACGUUCGACGUCCAAGGAUCGGUCUACGGCGGUGCCAACCUGGACCAGUUGGUCGGAUCGGUUUCGAUCGCCGAGGCGGGCGUGCCCAAGGACCCCGUCGCCUCCUACUUGGAGCGCGUGGCCACCCCUGACACGGCCGCCGCAACCACCCAGUGCCACCUCCUGGAAACCCCCCUCACGAUUACCAUCCCCGACUUUGCCGGCGACUACGCCCGUUCGUCGCGCGACUUGAACCCGAUCCAUCGGUGCGCGUACGCCGCGUCGUUUGCCAACCUCCCCCACGGCACGCCCAUCAUGCACGGUAUGUGGACUGCCACGAAGGUGCGCAACCUCGUGAUGGACGUGAUGGCCGACCAAUUCCAAGUGUCCCACCUCCAAUCGUUCCACGCCGACUUCAAGGGCAUGGUGUACAAUGGCGAGUCGCUGUACCUGCAAGUGACCCAGUCCGGUGUCGCAGACGGCCUCAUCCUGCUCAACGUGAACGUGGCCAACAGUCGCGGCGAGAGCGUGUUUGGCGCCAAGGCCAAGGUCGUGAUGCCCAAGACAGCGUUCGUGUUCACGGGCCAAGGAUCGGCUCAAGUUGGCAUGGGUAUGGACCUGUACGCGACGUCCCCCGUCGUGCGCAAGAUCUGGGACGACGGCGACCGCCACUUGCUCGACAAGUUUGGGUUCUCCAUCCUCGACAUUGUGCGCCAGAAUCCCCUCUCGCUCACCAUCUACUUUGGCGGCAAGCGCGGCAUCGCCAUCCGUGAACACUACAUGGCCCUUCGCUGCCAAAAGCCGGACGCGUCCGCCCCCCACGGCACCAAGACCGUGCCCCUCUUCCCUGAAAUCACGCCCACCACCCAAAGCUUUACGUUUUCAGCCCCCACGGGUCUCUUGUUUGCGACACAGUUUAGCCAACCUGCGCUCGUGCUCAUGGAGAAGGCUUUGUACAACGAAGCCAAGUCCAAGGGCGUGGUGCCGUCCGACUGCUACUUUGCCGGCCACUCGCUCGGCGAGUACGCUGCGUUGAGUUCGUUUGCCGAGAUUCUGGCUACGCCUGACCUCGCCGAAGUUGUGUUCCUCCGCGGCAUGGUCAUGCAGAAUGCCGUCGAGCGCGACGCCACCGGCAUGUCCGACUAUGGUAUGGUGGCCGCCAAUCCUGCGCGCGUCGGGUCCAAGCACUUUGACGAGUCCACAUUGUUCCAGUUGCUUGACUUGAUUGAAGAACAAUCUGGUCAGUUGUGCCAAGUGGUCAACUUUAACGUCCAAGACAGCCAGUACGUCGUGGCCGGCGAGUUGGUCAACUUGGAAGUGCUUUCUCGUAUCAUGACAACGCUCCGGGAGCAGCCGGCGUCGCUGCAAACGGUGGGCCUCGACUCGCUCGUCCAAGAGUCGCUGGUCCUCGUGCGCUCACAAAAGGAAGCGCUUGUGACCAAGGGCAAGCCGUUCGGCCUCAAGCGCGGCACGUCGACGAUUCCGCUGGUCGGCAUCGACGUGCCGUUCCAUUCACGCAAGCUGCUGAGCGGCGUGCCGGCGUUCCGUGAGCUCAUGCGCCCGAUGCUCAAGAAGGAAGUGCUGUUUGGGAACAAGGCGUUGCUGGAAAGUCACUAUAUCCCCAACUUGAUCGCCAAGCCGUUUAGCUGCACCAAGGAGUACGUUCAAGAAAUCGUCGACCUCACCGGCAGCCCCAGCUUGACGCCGAUCCUGGCCAACUGGGACUCGACCCCCCUCGACGAACUCGUGUGGACGCUCGUGAUUGAACUGCUCGCGUACCAGUUCGCGUCCCCCGUCCAGUGGAUCAAGACCCAGGCGUACUUUUUCAACAACGGCCUGCGCCGGUUUGUCGAAAUCGGACCAUCGGCCACGCUCACGGGCAUGGCCACCCGCACGCUCCAAAGCGGCCGAUUCCCUCGCACCAAGUGCGACAUCUUGUUUAUCACCAAGGACCGCGAUACCAUCUACUACGACAACGAAUCGGAUCAUCCGUCGGCGGUUGAUUUUGCCCAUGCUCAGGCAGCCGCCGCCUCGGCGGAAGCCGCUUUGUCGGCGGACGUCCAAGUUGAAGAAGAUGCUGCUUCUGCUGCUCCUGUGGUGGCGGCUCCCGUGGCGGUCGUGGCGGCGCCGGCUCCGGUUGCGGUGGCGGCCCCUGCCGCCCCUGCUGCUGCGGCGGUCACUGACGAACCUGUCAGUGCCAACCACGUGCUGCGUGUGUUCCUCGCGCAUCGUUUCAAGAAACAAUUGGCGGAAAUCGACGACAACGCGACCAUUCACGGCUUGGCGGCUGGGAAAUCGGCCGCCCAAAACGAAGUCGUGGGUGAAUUGGAGAAGGAAUUCGGCGGAGGAGUCGACCGCGUGCCUGAACUGCCGCUGUCCGUCUUGAGCUCGUCGUUCAAGGCGUACAAGGGCCUCGGUCCAGUGUUUAACACGCUCACAACUGACUUUGUCCGCAAGCAAUUGCCCGGUGGGUUCAACAUCAACCAGGUCAAGAGCUACUUGUCGUCCGAAUUCGGCCUCGGUGCCGGCCGCGUCGAGAGUGUGCUCAUGCACGCCCUCCUCUUCCCCCCCGCCGCCCGCCAUGCCAACGAAGGCGUGGCCAAAUCUUGGUUGGACACCGUUGUGGCCGACUACGCCAAGUUUGCCGGUGUCUCUAUCUCCAAGGGCGGCCCAUCUCAAGGCGCGGCGGUGAUGCUGAUGCCCUCGUUUGGUGCGGCGGCGGCGGCUCCUCUGGAACCCGUACCAGACGCCGAUAUCACUGCCGCGUACGGUCUCAAGGCGUUUUUGGCCCACAAGUUCAAGAAAAAGUACGCCGACAUCACGGACGCUGUCAGCGUGCACGACUUGGCGGCCGGCAAGUCGGCUGUCCAGAACGAAGUCGUGGGGGAACUCGAAGCUGAAUUCGGCGGCGGGGUUGACGGAGUUGCCGAAACCAAGCUCGGCGACUUGGCGCCCAAGUUUGCCAGCUACACCAAGCCCGGCAAGUACUUUACGACGACCGUAGCCAAGAUGCUCAGUGCCAAGCUCCCCGGAGGGUUUUCCGCGUCGCAAUUGCGGUCGUACAUGGCUCAAGAGCGAGUGUUGGGCCCCAAGCGCAUUGAAAUCGCGCUCAUUCAUUCGUUGGUGAACGCGCCCGAAGCUCGGUUUGCCACGGAAGCCGAAGCCAAGACCUGGAUCAACUCGGUCGUGGACGAGUACGGGUCUAUCGCUGGUGUGACUAUCCCGUAUGCGUCCAAGGCCGGCGCGGCCGUAGGCGGUGGCAUGGCCAUGGUGGGUGGCGGAGGCGGCGGCUUGUCGUCGGCGGCCCUCGAUGGCCUCAAGAAUGAACUGCACACGAUGCUUCGUGACCAAGUGUCGGCGUACGAAACGUUCAUGAAGGUGGAUCCAUUGGAUGCGUUGAAGAAGAUCAACGCCGACGACGUGGCGCGCCGCGAGCUGGAGACGCAAGUCGACUUGUGGGUCACGGAACAUGGCGAGUACUACGAGAAGGGCAUCCAGGCCAAGUUUGACGCCAACAAGGUGCGCAUCUACGACAGUUCGUGGAACUGGGUCAUGCAAGAUGCGCUGGACUUUUACUACAAGACGCUGGCGAAAACGAUCCCGACCAAGAAGGGCAACGGCGCCGGCUUUGACCGCGACGCGCAUUUGGCCGAGAUGUCGGCCUUCCUCAACGCCGACGCGUCGCAACUGACCAAGAUGGGCGAGCCCGAAGGCUGGUUCAAGCCGUUCCUGUGCAACCGCGCGACCCCGGAGCUUCUGGCUGCAACAGAGUUCUUCUUGUCGCGCCAACAAGCUAACGGCAACCUCGAGUACGCCCAAGCGAUCCAACUACUCAACGAAGAAGUCGAAAAGUGGAUGGACCGUGACCCGGUGCACGUGCAGCUGCUCCAACCGUUCCGUCCCGAAGUGACGAUUGAAGCCAACGGCAACAUCGUGUACAAGGAAGUUCCUCGCGGUGCCACGUCCGUCGACUACGUGGACGAAGUGUCCCGUGGGUUUGCAUACCGAUCGGAUGACCACAAGGCGGCGUCGCCCAAGAGUGCGCAUUCGUCGGUGGCGCUGGUUCGGGGCAUCGAAACCGCCGAGCUCGACGACGGCCACGACAGCGACGUCAACAGCGUCAGCAGCGAGCCUGUGCUGCACAAGCGCACCGUCACCAAGCGCAGCACCCGCGUCGGCGGCUCUAAGUUGUGGGGCUUGAAGGCGGUCACUCGCCGGUUGAAGCGUGCCAAGGUCGGCGGCGCGCCCCACGUGCUGCCGUAUGUGCACAUCCGGUCGGCAGAUCAUGUCGACCCGACUAACCGCGUGGUGGACGAGCACUUGACCAAGGACUUUUUGCUGAGCAUGCACGAAAUCGCCACGAGUGGUGUGUCAUUUGUGGGAAAGAAUGCGCUCGUGACGGGCUGCGGCCGCGACUCGAUCGCAAGCGAAGUGGUCAAGGCCUUGCUCGAGGGUGGCGCUACCGUCGUGUGCACCACAAGCAGCUUCUCGACCAAGGCGACCCAGUUCUUCCGCAGCGUGUACGAAAACCACGGGUCGCGGGGCUCCAAAUUGAUCCUGUUGCCGUUCAACCAAGCGUCGGCCAAGGACUGCGGGUCGCUGGUCGCGCACAUCUACCAACAACUCAAGCUGGACCUGGACUUUGUGAUCCCGUUCGGUGCGAUUUCCGUCGUGGGCCCCACCCUCGCGGAUAUUGACUCCAAGUCGGAGCUCGCGCACCGCAUCAUGUUGACCAACACGUACCGUAUCCUGGGCAAGAUCAUCGACUACAAGCGCGCGCAGAACAUCCGCACGCGUCCGUGCUUGGCGAUGCUGCCCCUGUCCCCCAACCACGGGACCAUGGGGGGCGACGGGCUCUACGCUGAAGCUAAGCUCGGACUCGAAGCUCUGGCAAACAAGUGGCAUUCCGAAGGCUGGGAGGACUACAUCAGCAUCGGCGGCGCCGUGAUCGGAUGGACCCGCGGCACGGGGCUUAUGGCUGGUAACAACAUCGUGUCGGCCGGCAUCGAACAGUUGGGCGUGCGCACGUUCAGUCAAAUUGAAAUGGCGUUCAACUUGACGUCCAUCUUGCACCCGCGCAUGGUGGCGGCGGCCGCCAAGGCCCCUCUAUGGAUCGACUUGGGCGGCGGUAUGGCCCAACUGCACGACUUGAAGGUGCAAACCGACCGAAUCCGCGCCGCCAUCACGGACGAGUCCAAGAUUCGCCGCGCCAGCGUGGACGACCGCAAGAAGGACAACGUCGGUACUACCCCCGAAGACGAAGACGAUAAGCCCGUGUUGAACCGAGCCAACAUGCACAACUACUACUCGCAAUUCCCCGACUUGCCCGCGGCGUCGGACUUGGCGCGUCUCGGCAAAGACUACAAGGGCAUGAUCAACCUGGACAAGACGGUGGUGAUCGUCGGGUUCGGCGAAGUGGGCCCGUGGGGGAACUCGCGUACCCGUUGGGAGAUGGAAUCGUUCGGCGUGUUCUCCCUCGAAGGGUGCAUCGAAUUGGCGUGGGUGUUGGGGUACAUUACAUACCACAACGGCCCAACCAAGUCGUCUGGCGACCACUACAUUGGGUGGGUCGAUGCCAAGACCAAGGACCCCGUGGCCGACACCCAAAUCAAGGCACUGUACGAAGAGAACAUCCUAAAGCACUCUGGUAUCCGCGUGGUGGAGCCCGAGCUCUUUGACGGGUACGACCCAAAGAAGAAGAUGUUUUUGCAGCAAGUGGCUGUGGACAAGAACAUGCGUCCAAUCGAAGUCGCAAGUCGCGACGAAGGCCUCGAGUAUCAAAAAGAACUUGGUGAAGAAAACUGCGACGUGUUCGAGUUGGACGGUACGUGGAUGCUGCGUCUGCGACAAGGUGCGGUGCUGUCGAUCCCCAAGUCGCUCCACUUUAACCGGUGGGUGGCUGGCCAAAUCCCCACCGGAUGGGACGCCAAACGCUACGGUAUCCCUGCCGACAUUGCCGAAGCCGUGGACCCGAUCACGCUGUUCACGCUCGUGUCGACGGCAGAAGCACUCAUCUGCGCUGGGAUCACCGACCCGUACGAGUUCUACCAGUACGUUCAUGUGUCGGAAGUCGGCAACACGUCCGGGUCUGGCAUGGGCGGCAUGCGUUCGCUGCGCCGCAUCUACCACGAUCGAGCGAUCGGCAAGAACAUUCCGUCCGACUCGCUGCAAGAAUGCUUCAUCAACACGAUGGCAGCUUGGGUCAACAUGUUGCUCCUGUCUUCGUCCGGACCCAUCAAAACUCCCGUCGGCGCCUGUGCCACGGCCGCCGAGUCUGUGGACAUUGGUGUCGAAACCAUCUUGAGCGGCAAGGCUCGUGUCGUGAUUGUGGGCGGGUACGAUGAUUUCUGCGAAGUGGGCUCGUACGAGUUUGCCCAGAUGAAGGCGACGAGUGACUCGGAGAAGGAGACCGCCAUGGGCCGCGACCCGCGCGAAAUGUGCCGACCUUGCACGGACACCCGUGGCGGGUUCAUGGAGGCGCAAGGCGCCGGUAUCCAAGUGCUCAUGGACGCGACGUUGGCGCUGGACAUGGGAGUGCCCAUCUACGGUGUCGUGGGCAUCACCAACACGGCCACGGACAAGAACGGCCGGUCGGUGCCCGCUCCUGGCAAGGGGGUGUCCACCACCGCCCGCGAACAUGUCGUCGGCUCUGGCAACAUGCGCAACGCAUUGUUGAACCCGGCGUUCCGUCGGUCGCAAUUCGAAGAAGAAAUCGAAGCGAUCGAGUUUUGGAAGGCGCGCCAGCUCAAGAACAUUGCGGCGGGUGUCCAGACCUUGUACGACGUCGACAUGGUGCAUGCGAUGGCGGAAAAGAAGGUCAAGCAGGCCCAAUACACGUGGGGACACGAGUACUUCAAGGGCAACGCCGGCAUCUCGCCGUUGCGUGGGGCCCUCAACAUGUGGGGCUUGACCACUGACGACAUUGGCGUCGCCAGUUUCCACGGCACCGGCACCAACGCCAACGACAAGAACGAGAGCGAGAUCACCCACCGCCAACUCGAACAUUUGGGCCGCACGGCGGGCAACCCGAUCAUGGUCGUGUGCCAAAAGUACCUGACGGGGCACCCCAAGGGCGCGGCCGCGGCGUGGAUGUUCAACGGACUGCUGCAAGUCAUGCAAUCCGGCAUCGUGCCAGGGAACGCCAACAACGACAACACGGCGCCCGAACUCCAAAAGUUUGACAUGCUCGUGUACCCGAAUCGUAGCAUCCAAACCGACGGCAUCAAGGCGGCCAUCAUGAAGAGUUUUGGGUUCGGCCAAGCCGGGGCCGAAGUGUUGUUGAUCCACCCCAACUACCUCUUGGCUGCGCUGAACGACACCCAGUUCGAAAAGUACGUGACCAAGCGCAGCAAGCGCGCUGGGGGACUGCACCAGUACAUGCAAGACGUUCUCUCUGGCAAGAACACGUUUGUUCGUGUUAAGGAGCAUGCGCCGUACACGUCCGAGAACGAAAUGAAUGUGUACUUGAACCCCCUCGCCCGAGCGAGCUACAACGCCAAGGAAAAAACGUGGACGUUUGGCGACGUGUCGUCGGCCAAAGCCGCCAAGCAAGCCACGGACGCGGUCACCGUUGCCGCCCCCACGCCGCCUUCUGUCGACCAGUUGCCCAAAAAGUUGCUUGAAAGUUCGCUCGCCCAAUCCGGGGCCCAAUUGAUUCUGUCGUCGGGCCAAGGCCUCGGCAUCGACGUCGAACCCGUCGCGACGUUUGCAGACUACGCCACCAAGCAAGUGUUUAUCCAGCGCAACUUUACGGCGGCGGAAAUCGCCUACUGCGAGUCGUCUGCCGGCGCUGCGUCGUCGUUUGCUGGCCGAUGGGCUGCCAAGGAAGCCGUGAUCAAGGCCAUCUGCAACGCCAAUCCCGGCGCCACCCUCACCCAAGGCGCCGAUGCCCCGCUCAUCGACAUUGAAGUCGGCAAAGCCACGUCUGGGGCACCCACUGUCACAUUGACCGGUCGUGCCCUGGAAGCAUUCCAGAACUCCAACUUGUCCAGCAUCAAGCUGUCCAUCUCGCAUUCUGGCGAGUACGCGGUGGCCCAAGCGUUGGUGCUGUAGUACGUGGUGCGAAGAGCGCCACUUGUUAGGGAAUAGGCAGAAGCGGGGGGAGUUGUGUGGUUGGUUGGUUGCUUUCAGUUGGUCGCUGGAACUCUCGACAACCACCAACAACACCUUCGACAUCAUCUGCACCUGUAUUUUUGCCACAAGUCGAGCCGCCUUGGCAGCCAACGAACUCUGACGGUGGACACAUGCAUUUGCGACUGGUCCUUGCAAAUGAAUAGUACUACCCCAGUGCCAUCUUCGUUGUUUAGAAGCCGGCUUGUGUAAAGAAUCAGUAUAAUCGUAUCACAUUUGAAAUCAAAUCUAUCAUUGUUUGCA